AUGUCUAAAAAGAAAACAACUUCAACGACGUCGCCUUCACCGAUCUAUAUAUUUCGAGGACAUGCAGAACAAAUUAAUUGUUUAGAAUUUAUUGAAAAUAAUAGAUAUCUUAUUUCAGGAGAUGCGGAAAGAAAUAUUAUCAUAUGGGAUAUGAUAUCGAGGCGUUCAAAAAUUCAAUUUAAAGCACAUAAAGAUGGAGUUUUGAAAGUUAUAAAAUGUAAAGAAAAAUUGAUUAGUUAUGGUCGAGAUAAUACUUUACAUGUUUGGGAAUUUGAUAAAAUAUCAAAUGUUACGGAUAAUGGAAAUAAUGAAUUGAUAAAACCUGAAGUAAGUUUAACAGUGAAUUCGUUAAAUUUUUGUAAAUUUGAUCUUUAUUAUGAAGAAAUUGGAGAUAAAUGUGAAUUUUUAAUAGCAGUCCCUAGUGCUAAAGACUCAUCUGGUAUUGAUGUAUGGAAUUUGACGAAACAAAAAGUAAUUGCGACUUCAAUUGGGCUAGAUCAAAAUGAUAAAAAUAAUAAAACUGGUACCUCAUUUUUUUAA